AUGUCCAAGCCUCUUUCUCACGCCAAGGUCGUCCUCCGCCGCUCUGCGGAGCGCGGACACGCGGAUCACGGAUGGUUGAACUCGUAUCACACAUUCAGCUUUGCCGGGUAUUUUGAUCGUCGCUUUCAGAACUUUGGUAGUCUGCGUGUGUUGAAUGAGGAUCGCGUUGCAUCCCGAACCGGCUUCCCGACGCAUCCGCACCGCGAUGCCGAGAUCUUCAGUUACAUUCUUAGCGGGGAGCUUACGCACCGUGAUAGUAUGAUUAAGAAGGGGGCUGAGGGAGAACAAGGGAAACAGUUCUAUCGCAUGAAGCGAGGAGAUGUCCAAUUUACUACCGGUGGAACUGGAAUCGCCCACUCCGAACAAAACGAGUCCAACAAGGCAGUUCACUUCUUGCAAAUUUGGGCCCUGCCCUGGGCCAGCUCCUUGAAGCCGCAGUAUCACACUAAAAGCUUCAGCGAGGAAGCUAAGCGCAAAGCUUUCGUCCCUAUCUUGUCGCCACUUGCCGCCGGACCCGAGGCGACCCCGGCCGAGGAAGAAGCUGCCGUCCCCAAGAUCCCUGAUACGAUUCCCAUCCAUGCCGAUUUUGUGAUGGGAGCCGGCAUUAUCGCUCCGGGCUCGACGUUCAACUGGACUGUAGGUGCUGGCGAUGCAGUCUGCUUCAAGAAGAAGCGGAAUGUCUACGUUCACCUGCCUAUGACUAAGCAAGGCAAAGCUAGUGUAAAGCUCAAUGGACAUGAUGACUCUGUUCUUCAGGAGGGUGAUGGUGCUUUUGUUACCUUGGUGAAUGCGGGCGAUUCGCUCAGCUUUGAGAGUAUUGGCGAAGCUGAUGCAGAGGUGAUUGUUCUGGACAGUAACUAA